UUGUCUCCUUGCGCCCUUUAGUACGCAUGCUUCUGUCAAAUCGUGGGCGUGGUUUCAUAAAACGCAUUUUGCGCACAUGCGCAGCAACAACCCAGAGCUCGUUCACUUCCUGGUUUGGCGGCCCCGGUAUUCCGCUAUGACCGAGGGCUCCGCGGAGCCUCCUCCGUGCCCUGGGGCCCGGCGACGACGCCUUCUGCUAUCCUUGCCAAAUGUGUUCCCGGGCCGAAGCCGCGCUGUCCCUGAGCCCACAGCUCCCUCCCCACCUCCGUCCCCUCCUCCACCUACGAUACCGGCCUCGGUGUUUCCACCACCGUCUCCCCCCGCUGGCCCAGACUCCCUCUUGGAGUGUCCCCUGUGCCUGGUGCGUCAGCCCCCAGAGGAGCUACCGGAGCUUCUAAGCUGCCGCCACCGAUCUUGCCUGCGCUGUCUCCGCCAGUAUCUACGGAUUGAGAUCACCGAGAGCCGCGUGAACCUUCGCUGCCCGGAAUGUGCCGAACGCCUCAGCCCGCAGCAUGUCCGGGCCAUCCUGCGAGACCCGCAACUCACUCGCAAGUACGAGGAAUUCCUGCUGCGGCGCUGCCUGGCUGCGGAUCCCGACUGCAGGUGGUGCCCGGCCCCGGACUGCGGAUAUGCUGUGAUUGCCUAUGGCUGUGCCAGCUGCCCCAGACUGGUUUGUGAGAGGGAAGGAUGCCAGACAGAAUUCUGCUACCAUUGCAAGCAUGUGUGGCACCCAAACCAAACCUGCGACAUGGCACGCCAACAGAGGGCAUCCUCUCUCGGUGUGAGGCGGAAGCACCCUUCUGGGAUCAGCUAUGGACAGGAAUCUGGUUCAGCUGAUGAUAUGAAGUCCUGCCCCCGUUGCAGUGCAUACAUUAUUAAGAUGAAUGAUGGGAGCUGUAAUCACAUGACCUGCGCAGUUUGUGGCUGUGAGUUCUGCUGGUUGUGCAUGAAAGAGAUCUCCGACCUCCACUACCUCAGCCCAUCAGGCUGUACAUUCUGGGGAAAGAAGCCAUGGAGCAGAAAGAAGAAAAUAAUCUGGCAGCUGGGCACACUCAUAGGAGCUCCAGUAGGCAUAUCUCUUAUUGCUGGAAUUGCAAUUCCUGCCAUGGUCAUUGGAAUCCCGGUCUAUGUCGGCAGAAAGAUCCAUGGUCGCUUUGAGAAUAAGAAAACCUCUAAACACAAGAAGAAUUUGGCAGUCACUGGCGGUGUCAUCUUGUCUGUCAUUGCAUCACCCGUGGUGGCAGCAGUAAGCGUGGGCAUUGGUGUUCCCAUUAUGCUUGCAUAUGUGUAUGGAGUGGUGCCAGUCUCAUUGUGCCGUGGUGGAGGCUGUGGGGUCAGUACCGCAAAUGGCAAGGGAGUGAAGAUUGACUUUGAGGAGGAUGGACCAAUCACGGUGGCAGAUGCGUGGAGAGCACUGAAGAACCCAAGUAUUGGGGAGAGCAGUAUGGAAGGUCUGACUAGUGUGCUGAGUACAAGCGGGAGCCCCACAGACGGAUUGAGUGUCCUGCAGGGAAAUUACAGCGAGACCGCCAGCUUUGCAGCUCUCUCUGGUGGCAGUUUAAGUGGGGGCAUGCUGAGUGGAGGCCGAGCCAAGUACUGCAGACUGGAGGUUCAAGCAGACGUGCAGAAAGAGACCUAUCAGAAAGACUCUGUUAGCCUGGGUGCCGUGAGUGAUAGCGCCAGUACUAGAGCCAUGGCUGGUUCCAUUAUCAGCUCAUACAACCCGCAGGAGAGGGAGGUAAAUAACCUGGAAAUUCAAGUUCAUAUAGAAGCAAAACCUUCCCGCUACCAGCUGAUGAGUGAGAGCAGCACUGAUGAAUCUCUGCAUACAGCAGCCCCUCUUGUGGAGGGCGAGGAUGAUGAUGCCUGCAAGGAUCAGAUGCCGCCUUGCGACAUAACACUAGCACAGCCUGAAAGCAUCCGUAGUGAUUUGGAGAGUUCUGAUGCUCAGUCCGAUGAUGUCCCUGACCUGGCGUCAGAAGAAUACGACUCUCCUCACCUUCUUCCACCUUCCCCUCCAGAUCCUCCUCGUGAAAGCCCACCUCCUCGGAUGUGUGCUCAACAGGAAGGCCUUUGCGCCCGGGAAGAGGGGCUCUCCAAAAUGGAAUUCAUAGAGGUGCGCGUGUGAAGGAAGUAUUCUUCUACACAGUGACUUUUUUUGCCCCCUCUAAUUUUCCCCUAAUGAAAAUUCCUAAUACUACUACGAGCGGACCGGAUCACUUAGUGCGCAGCUCAGCUGUAAACCCUUCCCAAAUGCUUUGUCUUGAGCAUUCAAAUAUGUUUGCACCUCACUGUGAAAGGCUUUGUCUUGCUCUUGUAAAUUUCUCUAAUUUAUUGGCUUUAACUGGAUGUAUAGGUAAUCUGAUUUUAUGUAAUAUUUGCAGGGAAUUUGGUGAAUCUGAUUUUUGUUUUCCUUUGUAAGGAAUUGUUGAAAAUAAAACUGGAUCGACAUCUUGUUAAA